CACCGGGCCGACUUUGCGCUCGGGUUGAGAGUGCGCCUGCGCGGUCGCUGGGGGGCUCUCCACCUCCGUCUCCCCUCCCCCUGACUCCCCGUGGGGGCUUCGGGCCCUGCGGGACCAUGUUCACCAGCACCGGCUCCAGUGGGCUUUACAAGGCCCCGCUGUCGAAGAGUCUCUUGCUGGUCCCCAGUGCCCUGUCCCUGCUGACCCUCCUGCUGCCCCACUGUCAGAAGUUCUUCGUGUACGACCUCCAUGCUGUCAAGAACGACUUCCAGAUUUGGAGGCUGAUAUGUGGAAGGAUAAUUUGCCUCGACUUGAAAGACACUUUCUGCAGUAGUCUUCUUAUUUAUAACUUCAGGAUAUUUGAGAGACGAUACGGGAGCAGGAAGUUUGCCUCCUUCUUGCUGGGCUCCUGGGUCUUGUCAGCCUUGUUUGACCUGGUCCUUGUGGAAGCUGUCCAGUAUUCAUUUGGAAUCCCCGUGGCCAACAGUUUGCCUUCUGGAUUCUUGGCGCCCGUGUUUGCUCUCUUUGUACCAUUUUACUGCUCCAUCCCAAGAGUCCAAGUGGCACAGAUUCUGGGCCCGUUGUCCAUCACAAACAAGACACUGAUCUAUAUUUUGGGACUGCAGCUUUUCGCCUCUGGCCCCUACGUCUGGAUUGUAGCCAUAAGUGGACUUAUUUCAGGCAUGUGCUAUGACCGCAAAGUGUUCCAGGUUCACCAGCUGCUUCGCAUCCCUGGCAGGAUGGCCCGGUUCUCCUCCUGGGCCCUCGAGCCCAUCUUCUCUUCUUCAGAGCCAACCAGCGAGGCCAGAGUUGGGAUGGGAGCCACCGUGGACAUCCAGAGGCAGCAGAGGAUGGAGCAACUUGACCGGCAGCUGAUGCUCUCUCAGUUCGCACAAGUGAGACGACAAAGGCAGCAGCAGGGAGGAAUGAUCAACUGGAAUCGGCUUUUCCCUCCUUUACGUCAGCGACGAAAUAUCAACUAUCAGGAUGGCCCUCGAUCUGAGCCGCGAGCAUCUCCUCCCCUGGAAGUUUCAGAGGAGCAGGUUGCCCGGCUCAUGGAGAUGGGAUUUUCCAGAGGGGAUGCCUUGGAGGCCCUGAGGGCCUCAAACAAUGACCUCAAUGUGGCCACCAACUUCCUGCUGCAGCACUGACCUUCAGCCCAGCUGUUGAAUGACAGGGUUGUGUCCCUGCCAGCACAGCAGACUCCACAGAGUUCUCAAGAGGAGAGGGUGGUUCCCACCUACACUGUCCUUAACUCCAAGAUGGUUACCAUUGUAGUAUCAGAUAAGUUUGCCAUUAAAUUAGCAUGUAUUUUCUAUCUUUAUUUUUUUACUGGGCCUUUCUCAGUUUGGAGAAUUGUCUUUCUUGACAUGUUCAGAUGCAUGACAGUUGCAGGCUUCUGUGGCAGUUUUAUAGCACGCAGACGGGGAGCAACUGUCAAGAUGCUCACAUGGAGCAGUCUGCUUGUCCUCAGUAGAGGGACCGGUCAUGUGACCUCCGGUCGGCUAUGUCACGCUGCUCUUUAUGGACUAUUUUUUUUUAAAAUACGUGUUCACAUCCCAGUGGCUGUUCUACCCCACACUGCCCAGAUGUUCCUCCAUGAGGGAGGAAGCAGGAGAUGAGCCCUCUCUACCCUCGGGAAUCUGGCCCAACUCCUCCUUGCUCUCAGCAAAAGUAACGAUCCGGUGCCAACUUGAGGCUCUGGAGUCCCCCAUCAUACUGAGCUGGGGGUUAUUUUGCUUAGAAUGCCCUACUGUGGCCACUCAGGCUAAAGGGUGAAACAGAGUAAAGGGGCAAAAUGAGCAAGGAGAAAAGUUGCUUCCUGUGGAGCCUGCACAGAGAGCACAGAGCUUGCUGGCCUGGCUCAGCCCAGGAGAGACGAGCUAGCUGCCAGCCUGCCCCACUUGGGUUAACCUGCUGGCCCUCUGCACACACUACAGCCCUGCUGGGAACAGAUUCCCAUGAGUGAGGAAUAUCCCCUGUGGGACAGUCGUGGAGGUAAAGGCAGGAGGGGCCCACUGUGAACACAAACAGCUCUAGGAGUUGAUGGCUGUCCCGUAAGCAAACUGCACUGGGUGUGUUCUGCAAAUGAGCAGCAAUGUGUCAAAUUGAUGCAAAUUUAGGUGUGUGAUACUUACAAUAAAGUUUUUAUGUGUUUUA